CGUGGUCAAUCGGAUCCCACUCGAUGAAAGGUCCUUAUGGAUAGGACUAUGUAUUUCGUAGUAGAGAAUGCCGGAUUGUUACGCGAAAUAUUGUAAAAGCCGGAGAACCGAGAAGCGGAAAAAUAAAAUACAACUAGAAUGGGAACGUAAAAAUGGUACAAGACUAUCAUUUCACAGGAUACCUAAAGAUUCAAAAAAACGUAAAAAGUGGCUCGAUACGAUGGAGUUGAGUAAUAGGGAUAUACCAGAAAUUGCAUACAUCUGCUCCUUACAUUUUAAAGAAAGUGAUUUGGACAGGACAUCGCUUUCUUCUAUCAGAAUCAGGCCUGGAGCUGUCCCAUUUGUAUAUACAGACAAAAUUAAGCAAUAUCAGGGAUAUUUAAAUGUAAAUAAUGAUGAGCCACCUGUAAAACAGGAAAAACUGAUUAAAACAGAUUUGCUAGGAGAAAUAGAGAAUUCCAUGGAAAUUGAAGAAAUAUGUGAACACAAAGAAAAAUGUUUACUAAAAGUAGAGAAUCCCAUAGAAAUUCAAGAAAUAUGCGAAAAUGCAGAAAACAAUAGAUAUGAACUCAUUUACUGACAUAGAAAUUAAUUCUUUUUGAACUGUCUGUGCUAUCAGGGUAAAACAAUCCAGGUAGCAAGAUGAAAUCUAAAUAUAGAUAAAGACGUCUCAGUCCCAUAUUCAUAGUCAGGCCAUAAGGCCUGAUAUAAAUUUAAAGGCCUAAAUAUAAAUUUAAAGCCUUCUUCAGUUUAUCUUCAGAUAUUCUGUAAGCAAUAAAAUGAUCUGUAGAGCAUCUGAAGAUGAAUUAAAGGAUGCCUAUAUAUAAGGCCUGACUAUGAAUAUGGACAUUAAUGACGUAUUAUUGACGUCUUAAUGACAUAGUAAAAUGUCUGGGACAUGCUUAUAUGGAAAAAUAUAUUUACAUCGACGUGAGUAAUACUUUUAUUAUGUUUAUUUAAUAAGCAACAAUUCCGUUUAGUUUCAUCUAAACAGAAUCAUCUGUUUCAUCUGUUUAUCUACUUCGCAAUUUAUACAGUUUCCCAACAAGGAUUUAGUACACCACCUAGAUCUAUUAAUCAAGAAACAGUUGUUUCGCCAUACCUAUCAGAAAAUACACCACGGAAACAAAUGUUAAGAAAUGCGCUAAUGCAUAUGAAGAAAGAAUUCCGAAAGAAACUUCAAAUUGUU